UUUUAGCCGUGUACAACUUGUGCUUUAGUUUAGUUGUAUAAGUUGUAUAGUAAUAUAAUAAAUUAAAAACAGUUGGAAGUGGUGUGAAAUUAGGAUACCUUCACCCUAACUAUUUAAAUAUCGGAUUAGCAUAAACGGAGCCACUGCAGCCAAACCGGAGCCCCAACUGGACCAGGACACUGUCCGAGUGUCCGUUCAUCUCAGCUUGUACAAAGCUCUCUUUGAUACUCAUCGAUCAAUCGAUAUAAUGGCUGCGAUUCAUAAAACCCUAGUAUUUCUCAUCUGGGCAGUGAUUAUAUGUUCUGUUGAAGUCCUUGCCAAGACAUCUCCCCGCCCAAUUUCUGACACCGAAGUUCGACAGAGGAAACAAAAUUGUUACUCAGACAUUGAACUUGGAUAUUGGGGCAAGCAAUGCAAAUCUUCAAUGGUAGCAAAGGAGAAUUGUGCUUUAAAAUGCCUGUCACCAACUUGCUAUGAGCUUAUUUAUGAGAGUGAUCCACUGGAAGAAGGGGAGAAAGAUUAUGUGAGGAGCCAAGAGUACAAGUACUGUAUGCAUAGAUUGUCUUUGGGAGAGAGCUUGGAUGGUGUUAGAGGUUCUUUUGAUUAAACAAGGAAUUGAAGACUAAAAAUGUGUUGUGUUUUAAACUAGUAUUUAAGAAGGUUUGCUUUUUGGAAGGGUUAAAACUUUUUUUUUUGGUGUAAAGUACUUGUAAUUAUUGAAGUUGUUUGAUUCCUGGAAAUGUUCAUGUGCGUUGUCAUGUUGUACCUGUUGCUACAGAAAUUGUACUGUUUUAAGGUGAUUCUUAAGAAUGUUGUGCACCUAUAUAAAGGUGUACAAAAUAGUAGAAGAUUUGGGUAUAGUGUUUACAGGUAAUCAUAAGCUCUUAUGCUCUGUUUUCAGAGUUUAUAGAGUAAAGAAAAAAAAAAGAUAGUGAGUUAUUAUACUUUAUAUUUUUAGAUCUUAAUAUAACUUGUAACACCCAAAAAGUAAAAGAUGG